UGUUUUAUUGCAAUACAUUCAUUGACAUUCGCUCUGUGAUUCAUUAUAAGCAAUAUGUGAUGAUUUUUGUGUUAAGUGUUUUAAGAAUGUUAUUGUUUAAGAGUGACUUAUGGUUAUCAGGGUGGUGAUUCUUUUUCAAUUGUAUGGACGCUCAGCAUGCCCAGCAUGAAUCGAUGGGAAACCCAGUUAUAAGCCCUUGGCGUUCUGGCUCUACUGCUGCCAUUCUGGCAAGUGUCUGGCCGAAUCUGUGGACCUUCAAGUAGAACAGAUCCUGCGAACUUCACCCAAGAGCUGAAUGUGGUGGAGUACAUCAACUACGGAGCGUCCAAACCCUUGCUCUGCUGCGCCACUGGUGUCCAAUCCAUUCAGUGGUAUAUCCUGGACGAGGGCCCGGCCUAGAAACCUUAACACCCUGACUCCACGGGCACAGAAGAACCCCACACAGAAGAGGAUGACCAGAUGGGUAUUCUUAUUAUAUCUUAAGGUGCUUAGGAUUUAUCACGCCAUGGAUUUUCAAAACACAAAAUUCCGGUGUGACUUGGUUGUGAACGGAUCAGUGGUGUUCAGUCACACUGUACGGCUGUAUGUCUCUCAUUGUUACACACGAGCUAGGGGACCAAUACUCAUUGAGCCUUUCCCACAAAACCAAACAAUUACCGACUAUGGAGGGAAAAUACACUUUUAUUGCACUGGCGAUUUUGGGUGUUACCAGCAAGGUGACGUGCAGUUUGUUAUGUGGUCAGUGGACACUUUUGGCAAUACUGCUUCAGAUGUCAGCGACAGAUACCAUCUUGUGACAAAUGAAAGAUAUGCAGCGAGGACAAAACAACACUGGGAGUAAAUCUGACCAUAGAGAAAGUGGAGUCAAUCGAUACCACCAGAACUUUCAUAUGUACCAUCAUGAAUGAACAAUUCGAUCAAGGGCAGUCUAACAGAUCGGUGGUGAUAACAAAGAAAGGUAAUGAUGCUGGCAUUUGCAUCAUUCCCCACUAGAUUCCUUCUAUUGGUCGGAUUUGAGUUAUUGAAUCUAAGAUGUAUCAAAGUUUAUUGAUAACGUUUUUUGAUUAAAUUGAACCCUAUAAUAUGCCAUUACAAUGAAUUAACAAACAUAAGGUAUUAAUGAUUUUUUAAUACCCUAUUACUUUAAUUAACAGAAAAACAUAAAGGAAGUUUAACACUCAAAGUCUUAGGCAAGUGUUUACUCAAGCUUAUAAUAAAAGUAUUCCAGAAAGACCAGAGAUAGCGAUUCCGAUAGUGAUUGCAGUUUCCUUUUGCAUUCCUGGGUUUACCACAUGACGAUGAUUUUCAGUCUACUGGCGUUAUUAUCCCCCGCCAGAGGCGGCGGGAUAUUGUUUUGGCGUUGUCCGUCCGGCCGGCCGGCCGUCCGUCCGUCCGGCACUUUGUGUCCGGAGCCAUAUCUUGGAAGUGCUUUGGCGGAUUUCAUUGAAACUUAGUAUGAGUAUAUAUAUGCAUAAGAGGAUGAUGCACGCCAAAUGGCAUUGUACACAAACUGUUAAAAACAGAGGUGUGGCCCUUUGUAUCUUGAAAAAAUGCGUUUUACUAUAGGCACUUUGGUGUCUGGAGCCAUAUCUUGCAAGUGCUUUGGCGGAUUUCAUUGAAACUUGGUAUGAGUAUAUAUAUGCAUAAGAGGAUGAUGCACGCCAAAUGGCAUUGUAUACCAUUUGUUAAAAACAGAGUUAUGGCCCUUUGUAUCUUGAAAAAAUGCUUUUUACUAUAGGCACUUUUGUGUCCGGAGCCAUAUCUUGGAAGUGCUUUGGCGGAUUUCAUUAAAACUUGGUAUGAGUGUAUAUCACCCACCAGAAGCAGAGGGAUAUUGUUUUGUCGGUUGUCCGGCUGUCCGUCCGUCCGUCACUUUUGUGUCCGGAGCCAUAUCUUGGAAGUGCUUUGGCGUAUUUCAUUGGAACUUCGUAUGAGUAUAAAUAUAUAUAUUCAUAAGAGGAUGAUUCAAGCCAAAUGCCAGUGUACUCCAUCUGUUAAAACCAGAGUUAGGGCCCUUUGUUUCUUGAAAAAAAAUGCUUUUUACUAUAGGAACGAGUAGUAUGAGUAUAUAUCCCCCGCCAGAGGCCAGAGGCGGAGGGAUAUUGUUUUGGCGUUUUCCGGCUGUCUGUCCGUCCGUCCAUCACUUUUGUUUCCGAAGCCAUAUCUUGGAAGUGCUUUGGCGGAUUUCAUUGAAACUUGGUAUGAGUAUAUAUAUGGA